AUGUGUUAUGUGGGCAAAGCAACCAAGAUCUUCAUCUUCAUAGUCACAGCACUGGUGGUCACCGGCCUCGUCUUGGGAUUUGGGGUUUUCCGGCACGACAUUCAGAAGACCCACAAUUGCUCCGGCGAUUCGUGCCACCAGAACCCAGAUGUGUUCCCCAACCCUAGUCCUGACCCUGCUGCCUGGAAUCUCACCAGUCCGGUACCAAACCCCAAUCCUGGCCCACCUCCGCCUAGCCCGGACCCUAGCUCCACCUCCAAUCAACCUCCACCUCCACCUAGCCCAAAUCCUCCUAGUUCGACGAGUAAUCUACCUCCACCUCCUUCUCCGCCUCCGCCUCCUCCUCCGCCUCCGGCGGUUCCAGAGGCUUAUCCGCCGACGUUGAGUCCUCCGAGCCCGGUGGUGGGUACUCCAGGUCCAGUGCAUUCUUAG